AUGAGCCUUCGAAGCAGAGGAGCAACUGUUAAACGCGCGUUCGUGUUUCUCGUUUCGACCGUCGCGACGUAUUCUAUUUUGCACUAUUUAGGGGGACUGGAGGAAGAAGGUGAUUUUACGUCGCACGCGUCAUCAUCAUUCGACGACGUCGUCGACGCGCAUCCUCACAACAUUCGAGACGAGUUACAUGCUGAUAGUAAUGUGUUCAUGUCCUCCGCGUCACCUUCUCCUUCUCCUCCACCGCCUGUGCCACCGUCAACAACAACAACAACAACAAAAGAAGAAGAAAAGAAAUGGUCCCAUCCCACAUCCAUGAGGCGAAAACCAACCGCGGAGGAAAUAGAACAAGGUAAGGGCAAAUUUCACGUCAUGCUGACUGCAAACGAGCAAUCCUACGUCGCUUGGCAAUCUAGAAUUAUGUACCAGAGAUACUUGAAACUUUUGAGCAGCGAAGACUCGGGCGCGUUUGGCGGGUUUACGAGAGUGUUGCACAGCGAACGCGCAGAUAUAUUGAUGGAUGAAAUUCCAAGCGUGGUAGUUGAUCCGUUACCGAAAGGUGUCGAUGAAGGGUAUGUGGUUUUAAAUCGGCCAUACGCAAUCAAGCAGUGGUUGGAGAAGUAUAAUUUCGCGGAAGAGUAUGUCUUCAUGACCGAACCGGACCAUUUAUAUUUAAGACCGAUUCCGUUGUUGGCGCAACCAAAACUCGCCGCUGCUUUUCCAUUCUUUUACAUCAAUCCGAAAGAUCCGAAAUUCACUCCUAUUGUACAAAAAUUUAACAAAGUAAACGCGGAUUUGAAAGAUUUUGCGCCGAUUGGGAAUUCGCCGGUGAUGAUUCACAAGGAUGAACUGAAGAAAGUCUGUACGGUUUGGGACACUUUAGCGAUUAAAAUGAAACAGGACCCGGAAACUAACUCGGCGUUCGGAUGGGUCUUAGAAAUGUGGGCGUAUAGCAUCGCCUCCGCGCAAGUUGGCGUGAAGUACGAUUUAGUUCCGGAAUUCAUGUUGCAACCGCCAUGGGAUAAAACCGAAGAAGUUCCGGGCGGGAAGAAAGGAUACAUUCUUCACUAUACGUACGGCCAAGAUUUCAACGAAAAAGGAAAGUUUACCCCAGGUAAAGUUGGAAAAUGGCAUUGGGAUAAGAGAGAUUUCACGUGGAAGAAACCUCCGAAAGAAGGCUUUGAGAUGCCGCCGGAAGGGACUCACCCUUUGACCAUCAAGCUGAUGGAAAUGAUAAACGACGGCAUACGAUCCAUCCCGAAUUGGUGA